AUGCUGCCAACAACACCUCAAACACAGCUGAGUGAUGCUCGGAUCAAGAUCACAGACUCUCAGCUGGAGCCCUUUGCAGAUCUUGUCAGAGGUCUCAUGGUGGACAUGCCUUGCCCAGAGGGGGUUGGAAAUGUGGCACAGCUUGAUGAUCUGGCCCAGCACUUCACUCAGAGUCUUCUGGCUGCAGCUCAGGCAGUCAGUAAGCCAGCUCAACAAGGGCGGACCACAGCCCCCUGGUGGACAGCAGACUGCCGAAGAGCGCACCGAGAGCUCACCACUCAUCAGACAGAGGCCGCGAAGCACCAGUUCAAGGAUGCAGUGCGCAAGGCCAAGCGUGCAUACUGGAGGCAGGUGAUCAAUGAGGCCAGAGAUGGUAGAGACCUGUACCGGGUGGUGGCAUGGCAUAAGCUGGAACCCAACCUCAGAGCACCCCCUCUGGUGAUUGGGGAUCAGGUCAUAGAAGAGACAGCCGCCAAAGCUGAGGCACUUCAACAAGCAAUUCUGAAGCGAUACAACUCAGCUGAUGAUCUGGAGUACAACCCACUGGAUGAUGAGCACUGGAGCGGCAUGGGGAACCUGCCCUGGAACCCCCGGGUUGGGAUGGAGGAGGUGGAGCGCAACACCAUUGGGGUACAGAGCACCUCCCCAGGCACGGAUGGAAUCACAGUGCGGAUGCUCAAAGCAUGCUGGCAGCAUGUGUCCCUCUUUAUACAGCAGCUAUACAACUGCUGCCUCCGGCUCUGCCACUUCCCACGAGCCUGGAAACUGGCAGAGGUGGCAAUGAUACCCAAG